GAUUAUUCAACGUUAACUGCAAUCGGAUGUUGCUAAAAUCAAACUUCAAUGAAAAAGGACAAUUCUCUAUGCACGUGUACAAUGUUAAAGUGAUGGUAAAAAACCUCCAUUAGCUCGAUUUGUAUGCGGGUCUCUAGGGUUGUCAUGUUUUAAAUUUUAAUCAGUGUAACAUGGGUAACCAUUCGUCGAAGUGGACGUCCUGAACAUUCUACAGUCUACAAACACAUACAAUACAGUACAUUGUCGUAUGAGGAUGAUGUAUUUUGGGUCGAUUUACUGCUGCGUUCAAAUAGCGGAGUGUUUUAAGGAUAGCUUUAUUAUCGAAAUAAACACCGGAAUUAGAGGGACUCUUAAUCUAAUCGAGAAAAAUCAAAAGCCCUCAUGCUGUUACCUGCAAGUCCUUGGAGCCGUUUAUAUGGAUUUUCCAGCUUCAUUUCCAAGAAAAUAUUAUUUCAUGGAGAGACAUACCGCUGAAACCUAGGAUGACAGGAAACCAGUUAAUGUAUAAUGUACAGGAGUUAACGAUGCUAUAUACCCGCUAACGAAACUAUGUACUACGAAUAAUUGCUGUUUGUGUAACAUAAAAUCAUGACGGUGUUGCUAUGACUGAUAGAAAAAGGUUAUAGUUUAAUCAUCCAGUACAUUGAAUAUUCCCUACUGCGCUAUCACAUUAGAUUAUAUUAGAGAAUUGACAUUUUUGUAUUGACCGAUUGACCUUCUGCGUUGAAGAAAUACUCGCGGCGUUUGUUAAAUAACUGAUGUCACAUUUACUACAAUUGCCAUAUGUGUUACUUGCUAUGCAUAUCGGAAAGAACCCCAGCGUACAAUGAUGGAAAUAUGAUGGCGCUAAAUGUGUUAAUCUCAAAUGAUAAGCCACAGAAAUUCGGAGAUGGAAGAAAAAAGUGUACUGUUGGUCAUCAUACAUAUUCGUACAUAGUGAGUUGAUGUAAUGGUUUUAACUUAGUUAUCAUGGAAAGUGUACAUGUUUAUGCGUUUUACGUCAUUUUAAAACUUCUUAUAUUUUUCACCGACAUUUGUUCAUCCAAGCAGCAAACAGCCAUUUUGGAUAUUGGUGUAAUAGCUGAUGGGUGCUCACACAACAAUGCUGAAUAUAAUCAAACGUUGACAUCGACCUCAGUCUGGGACGAGUCUCUUGCUGUCCGGCUCCAUUGGAUUUAUCUGGAGAGCAAAGAGAGCUAUCAGGUCUUACGAACAGUAAUGGAAUUCCGACGUGUCGGCAUGGACUCCAUUUUACUCGCGGUUGACCUACAAUACCUUGGUGGUUUGACAAAACAACUGAUUAACGAUAAUAUCCCGGUGCUAGCCCUUGGUAGAAUCAACAGGGUCCCAGUGCCUGAUGUAAACGGUGACAACGACUGCCGAUCUUCUUUCCCGCCUCCGGAAACAGCUAAUUCACAGGAUGAAUGUUUACCUCCGGUCGAUAGCGUAGAACACAUGUCCACGCUCCAACACAACCACAGUUUGUCUUACCUGGAUUCUAAUAUCAUCGCAGUGCUCCAUCAUCUCAGAUGGACAACCCAAAUUAUCCUGUAUGAAAAAGCAAUAGAGUUUUAUGUGGAUAGAAUCAUCCGGGUAUUAUCCAAUGAGGGUCGUUUUGUGGUUGCUUACGAGGUAGGCACGAUGAAUCAGGAUCAGGUACAGGUACUGCUGGAGACGCUAGACGGACCUAGUGGUGACCACAAAAUCAACAUAACCAUCAUGGGACAUACUACAUGUGUUGAACACGUAUUGUUUACAGCGGGUCAGUACGUCAGGAAUAACCAGAGACGGUCGUCACUAAGUAUACGCUCUCUUUGGCUGGUUUUCCUGCUGCAGGAUGAUAACAAUCUCUAUCGAAUACAGGAAUACGCUGCGAAUAUCGACAACGUGGCUGUCAUCCUUCUCCCAACCUUCUUCGUCGGCACCGAUAAAAACAACGGGACUACAGACAUACUUCAACUCGUUAGAAAAGCGCUGUUUAACAUCGGUUCAAAUUCCACAAUGACAACGAUGAAUAAAUCCGAUAUGAAUUAUUUGAUUCUUGAGCUUUUACAAUCGGAACUACAGGGGUGUCACUGGUCUCCUGUACAGACUCUUAUGUUCACUGUCGGCGGACGCGGCUGGAGUCACGUUGGCUACGUCGACACAAUGGGACGAACUGCUUUCCACGCAGAGAUAUUUCCAAACACAAGGUUCGGCUUCAACCAUCGCAAAUUCGCAGUAUCUACUCUAGAGUGGGCACCGUUCGUCAUUGCCUCUCCGAAUAACACAUACACUGGGCUGUGUUUUGACCUGCUUGAUCAUUUGGCAUCCAGCCUGAAUUUUACAUUUGAGAUUGACAGACCACCAGAUGGACAAUGGGGGGUGAUUAAUGCUAACGGCACAUGGACAGGCAUGGUUGGACAACUAGCCGAAGCAGAAAUUGACAUAGUGGUUGCACCCCUAUCAACACAAGCCAAGCGUGAAAAAGUGAUGGACUUCACCUACUCAUUUUAUAUAGAUUAUACUACCAUUCUUAUGAAAAAGAAAGACCCAACUACUACCAAAUGGCGGACUCUUAUAGAUCCGUUCAGUGAGGAGCUCCUUUUAUGUGUAUUAAUUUCACUUCCGGUGAUGUCUAUGCUGCUUUUCCUUUUUGAGCGAUUCAGCCCGUUUUAUGUUGGCGAUGAAGAAAGGGAAGGACAAAGUGGCUUACAUACCUAUCAGGAUGCAUUUUGGUAUAUGUAUGGUGCACUGCUCACACAAGGAGGAGAACAUCUCCCACGGUCUCAGACUGGGCGUACCCUGCUUAGCUCCUGGUGGUUAUUCUGUAUCAUCAUGAUGGCUACAUAUAGCGGUAACCUUAUCGCAUUCCUGACUGUCAACAAGGACAAGCCCCCGUUUUCUACAGUGGCUGGUAUGCUACAGCAGGACCACUACCGCUGGGGCACCAUAGGUGGCAGCUCUUGGAUCACUGCCUUUAACGAGACCCAAGCCCCUGAUUUGAUGAAGGUAUGGGCCGGAAUGUUGGAAUUCAAUGCUUCUGACAACAGCAUAUUGAGUUCACAGUCCAGUGAACACUUUAAGAAGGUGCUCGGAGGAGGAUAUGCAUACAUUGGAGAUAAAACUCAAAUGGAAAUAAAGAUGGCUGAAGAAUGUUCCCUUCUAAUAUCGGACGACGAAUUUAUGCCCUUGCAAUACGCUCUAGGCCUUCCAAAUUUUUCACCUUACACAAAAAUGUUUUCUGACGAAUUACUGCACAUACACGAGAGCGGAUUACUACACAUCUGGAAAUCCCGUUGGUGGCCCCAGAGAAACUUCUGUGACGGCGAGUUGGUGACGUCAGCAAAGACUAUAACGUUGAUUGAUGUGCAAAGUGCAUUUUACCUGAUUGGCAUAGGACUGACUUUAGCCACGCUAAUUAUCAUUAUAGAAAAGGUUACGUUUUGGUACCAAACUAAGGUUACUAGUCGGAAAUUCCAAAAUGACUCCAAAGUUAAUGAGUCCACGAAUGUUACUAUUAAAUACAUUGGCACGAAUUCGUAACACUCUUCAUUCAAAGAGUUUAGGUUAUCGACAUAAAAGGACAUAAACUCUUAACUAUUCUAAAGUGUUUACAUUGUAUUGGGUCAAUAAUGUAUAAUGCAUUUGAUGCAUACUCUAAAGAAUGCGUAUAUGAUGAUGGACUUCAUUUUAGCUUUGACCGUUUGACUUUGAGUUCUAAUGAAUAUUCAUUCGGAGGGACAUAUUAUGGUAGUGGUAAUUGAAACAUCAUCAGGACAUAAUUGUACGUGUCCCCUACUCGUAUACUUUCUGACCCUCCAUCACCAGCUGGUGAUCACGUUGACAUUCUUCCGUAUUCCGUCCUUAAACAAUUAUUGUUGUCGAAUUUUUCCUGAACAUGUACAAAUGGAUCUUUUUUAUAACCAUAUGCAGUUUUCCUUAGGUCCAUACUUUUGCAUGCUUAAUUUUAUUGGAAAACAAGAUUGGCUUACUGGAAGCCAUCUUGAAAUCCUACAGUUGUAGUUUGUUUUCGCUCUCAUUUUAGAACUCCGCAUGAAAAUGUAUUCUCAAUUUAGUUGUAGUGUCAAUUUUGGCUUUACAUGUUUCAAUGUGAGAAAAUUAUUAAAACGAAAACAAACAAGAUGGCUGUCGGGCAACCUCGUUCGAUUUUGACAGUUAAAAUUGACAAUAAGUAUCGGACAGUCAUUUCCAAAAUUUGGCAUGUAUGAUCCAGCUUGUCAUUUGUUGUGUAAACGCAAUUUUGAGAGUGAUCGAGAAAACAAGAUAGGCCCUAGCAGUCAUGUUGUAUUUUGACAAUUUAAGUUAAUAAGGACAUUACGUUAGAAGAACAAUCUCCAACCCGGCUGCAUUAUAUUUUCAUCAAAAGAUGUCAACAGAACAAUCGCUCCAAACGCUUAGAGAAAAAGUCAAAAUUGCGUUUAACUAAUAAGGAUC